AUGAAUAUUAACAAUUCAUGUUGUAUAAACUUGAUUCGAACUGAUUUGGAUGGUGAGCCCGAGUAUUUCAUGACGUGUCCAAUGAUCGAGUGGAGUGUCGAUCAAAGGAAUUGUGUUAAAGUUGCAGGGACAACAGUUUGUUCAAAUAGUGUUGUCAACUUACCCCACGACUUAGAGUGUAAAAAAGUAGUCGAACCGGAUAGAUCUUUUAUGGUUGCUUCACUUUCAUUUUUUGUUGUCUGUGAUGUUUUAUAUCCCAUAAUGGGGGUAUAUGCACUCUAUUUAGCGUUUUAUCAAGAAAAGGGGCAACCCGCUCUUCCUGUCAGAGAGGAAUGGGCGCACUUAGAUGGGACUACUUUAUGCUUUGGGAAAAGUGAUAGUAAAAAGCCUCUUGUUGGAGGAGACGAGGAGUGGAAUAAUUUAACGAGGAAAAAUUAA